UGGAACGGACACUCCCCCACCGCCUCUCCCCACAGCAGUCGGUCCGGCCAACCUCGGCGCCUGCUCCUCCCUUGCCCCCGGCCUGCUGCGGCCCCUGCUCUCCCACCUCCCCGGGCCCGAGCCUCCACAGCCACCGAAAUGAGCGAAAUGAGCGGGGCCCAGAAGCUCCUGCUGGAGAACGCGCAGCAAGUGGUGCUUGUCUGCGCCCGGGGCGAGCCCUACCUAGCCGGGGAGGCGGCGCGGAGCCUGGCCGUGCUGGAGAACGCCAGCCUGGUGGUGGGCGGAGAUGGUUGCAUAAAGGCCAUAGGUCCAGCUGAUGCCAUCAGGAGAGAAUUUUCAAAGGUAUCAUUUGAGGAAAGGAUUAAUUGCUCUGGAAAAUGCAUUCUACCAGGUUUGGUGGAUGCCCAUACUCAUCCAGUGUGGGCUGGGGACCGAGUUCAUGAAUUUGCAAUGAAGCUGGCAGGUGCUACAUAUAUGGACAUACACCAGGCUGGAGGAGGGAUAAACUUCACCGUGGAGUGUACGCGGAAGGCUUCUGAAGAAGAACUCUUCAGCACUUUCCGAUACCGACUGCUUUGUAUGAUGAGGUCGGGGAGCACUUUGGUCGAAUGCAAGAGUGGCUAUGGCUUGAAUCUGGAGACAGAGCUGAAGAUGCUGAGAGUCAUUGAGCGGGGUCGGAGGGAACUGGACAUCAGCAUCUCCUCAACCUACUGCGGAGCUCACUCAGUGCCCAAAGGGAAAACCGCGACUGAAGCUGCUGAUGAUAUUGUCCACAACCACCUCCCUAAGCUGAAGGAACUUUGCCAACGCGGUGAAAUCCAUGUUGACAAUAUAGAUGUGUUCUGUGAGAAGGGGGUCUUUGACCUCCAGUCUACCAGAAGGAUUCUACAGGGAGGAAAAGACAUAGGGUUACAAAUCAACUUCCAUGGUGAUGAGCUCCAUCCAAUGAAGGCUGCUGAGCUUGGAGCCGAAUUAGGAGCCCGAGCAAUUAGCCACCUGGAAGAAAUUAGUGAUGCAGGUAUUGCUGCCAUGGCAACUGGAAAAUGUUCUGCUGUCCUUCUACCCACCACCGCCUACAUGCUGAGAUUGAAGCAACCUCAAGCAAGGAAGAUGUUAGAUGAAGGAGUAAUAGUUGCUCUUGGCAGUGAUUUCAAUCCUAAUGCAUAUUGUUUCUCCAUGCCAACAGUCAUGCAUUUGGCCUGUGUAAAUAUGAGAAUGUCGAUGCCUGAGGCUUUGGCUGCUGCCACCAUUAAUGCCGCCUAUGCCCUGGGACGAUCUCACACCCAUGGAUCCCUGGAGGUUGGCAAGCAGGGAGAUCUCAUCAUCAUCAAUGCACCCAGAUGGGAACACUUGAUCUACCAGUUCGGAGGCUACCAAGAACUAAUCGAAUAUGUUGUAGCUAAAGGAAAAGUCAUCUAUAAAAAGGACAAUGCCAGUCUAAACAAACAUGAAGGAAAAAGAUAAGAAAAGCAAAACUGUAUAUUCUAAUGGAGUUCACUUCUAGUCAAUGUUAAGAUUUGUAGUUUUCUCGAAGCAGAUAAAUCACAUUUAAAUAAAUCCAUUUUGAUUUUCUAAGUAAUUAAAUACAUUUGUAAUCAUUAGCAUGAGACUCUGAAAGGUGUAUUGGUUUUAAAAUCAGGAAGCCUAGAUACAAAUCUUCACAUGUGUGAGCUUGAUUAAAGCAAAUCCUCUUCAUGAGCCUCAGUUUCCUUAUUAUAAAAGCUCUGAUUCCUUUAAUUAUUUAAUGAUUUCUAAUAAUCCCAUUUAGUAAUUCCCAUUAAUUGUGGUUCCCAUCCAUGAUUAUUCAUGCACAUACAUAUUUACAUAUGUGUAUGUUCAUAUCUAUUUUCUCUGCUUGUUUAAUAUAACAUUGCAUAUUAUAAUGACAAACAGCUUUGACAGACAACAUUUAUGAUCAGUGAAAUGCCCAACCUCAAUUUCAGAAGAUCAGUGAUAAAGAAGCUCUGCAACUCCUGAUCCAGAGGUGAUAGAUUCAAGAUACAGAGGGAGCUGUUCAUCUUUGUACAUCUUUGGAUCUGACCAAUAUGAACACUGCUUCACUAUGCAUAGGAGAACUUUUUUUAAUUGCAAAGGGAUGUGGGAGAAGAAGAAAAUAAAAUUCUUGUUAAUAAAAAAAUAAAAUAAAAUGGGUUAAAAUAAUGUAAUGUUAUAUGAUGAUAUCAAGAUCUUCAUUCUAUGGAUGUAUUUUUUUAAAAUCCCAAUAAAGUGAUUUGUAUAAAAUGA